CUGCUACGAUUUCUUUGGGUUUCGUUCUCAAAAGUUUCGCCGGAUUGGCGUUCUCUCCUUCUUUGUUUUAUAAUAGAUUCCUCCCAAGUGUUCCUUUAUAAGGUUUUAGCUUUUGUGGAUUGAUUUGGAAGUAGGUCCUUUCGCAGAAACAAAUUUCCAAGGUAACUUAUUUUGAUUACUCGCAAGUGCAACGAUGUCGGUCACAGCGGGAGUUAGCGAAGCUGCACUUGCUACACGUGCUAAGCUACGAGGUGGGAUUGGACAGACCAAAGUGAAAAGAUACUGGCCCGGUAAAGCUCCCGAGUGGGCCGACGAACCGGAGGAAGAUGAGGACGUUAGGAUGCAAAAGGUCGACGCUUUUGAUCGAAAGCAUCAUGAUGAUUCAGGUGUUGCUAGAAAGGACGAUCCGAGACUACGUCGUUUAGCUCAGACGAGAGUCGAGAACCGUGAAGAAGUCAGAGCUGAUCAUAGACGAGUAAGACAGGCUGAGAUUGUAUCUACCGAAGAGGAAGAGCUGAGGAAUAAUCAAGAGGAGGAGGAAGAAGAUGAGGAUGCGUUGGAAGAGAGGAGGAGGAGGAUUCGAGAGAAGAAUCUCAAGAGAGCUAAAGAGGAGGCUGACUUGCUUCCCGUGGAGGAAGAAGACGAGGUGGAAGAGGAGGACGAGGAUGAGGAAGAGGAGUCUGAGUACGAGACUGAUUCUGAGGAUGAUAUGCAUGGUGGUAUUGCAAUGAUCAAGCCUGUUUUUGUUCCUAAAGCCGAGAGAGAUACGGUUGCAGAGCGUGAGCGGCUUGAAGCUGAAGAGCUUGCUCUGGAGGAGAUGGCUAAGAGGAAACUCGAGAUGAGGAAGAUUGAGACGAAGCAGAUAGUGGUUGAGGAAGUGAGGAAAGACGAGGAGAUACGCAAGAACAUGCUACUGCAAGAAGCGAAUAUCGGAGAUGUUGAAACCGAUGACGAGAUCAACGAGGCUGAGGAGUACGAGGUUUGGAAGACGAGGGAGAUCGCUAGGAUCAAGAGGGAAAGGGACGCGAAGGAAGCUAUGCUGAGAGAGAGGGAGGAGGUAGAGAAGCUGAGGAACAUGACGGAGCAGGAGAGGAGAGAGUGGGAGAGGAAGAAUCCUAAACCUUCUUCGACUCAACCGAAGAAGAAGUGGAAUUUCAUGCAGAAGUACUAUCACAAGGGUGCUUUCUUCCAGGCGGAUCCUGACGACGAGGCGGGAUCCGUUGGGACCGAUGGGAUAUUUCAGCGUGACUUCUCUGCUCCGACGGGUGAAGAUAGGUUGGACAAAUCGAUCUUGCCUAAAGUUAUGCAAGUUAAGCACUUUGGUCGCAGUGGAAGGACUAAAUGGACUCACCUUGUUAAUGAGGAUACAACAGAUUGGAGCAACCCGUGGACUUCGAAUGAUCCUUUACGGGAGAAAUACAACAAGAAAAUGGCAGGCAUGAAUGCUCCUAUUGAGAAACCGAAGGGGAGCAAGAAGAUGAAAGAUUGGGAGAAAUAAACAGCAUCAAGAACCUCAUCGAGUUUAAAGCCAAAACUGAAAUAGAGUGGUAUGUUCUUUUUAGAAUAAAAGCAUCUUGCUCUGUUAUCGCCGAGAACUCUUUAUCUAAAUCGCAGUAACUAAUUAAUAUUUGUUUUGUAAGCACCUGGACUAUCUGGUCUUUUGAAUGGGAUCAAUCAAGAUACACAUUUUUUUAUGAUUCUGCUUGUAUCACGAAAGCGUUUCUUAUUGUCUA